AGAUCCCACCUAAAAUAUUCAACACAGUUCUAAAAUUCACCUGCAAAUCAACACCAAAAUCCGAGAAGACGAAAAAUGGAGAAUGUACACGUCAUCGUCCUCCCAUACCCAAGCCAAGGCCACAUAAACCCACUCCUCCAAUUCGCCAAACGCCUCGCCUCCAAGGGCGUCAAGGCCACACUAGCCACCACCCACUACACCGUCCGGUCCAUCCAGACUGACGCCGUUGCCGUCGAGCCGGUCUCCGAUGGGUUCGACCACGGCGGCUUCGCCCAAGCCCAGAACGAAGCCGCCUACCUCAACUCCUUCAAGGAGAACGGCUCCAAAACCUUGUCGCAGCUCAUCGACAAAUACAGUACCACCGCCUACCCAGUAACCUGCGUCAUCUACGACUCGUUCCUGCCGUGGGCCCUCGACGUGGCCAGGGAGCACGGCGUGCUCGGGGCGUCGUUCUUCACCAACUCCGCCGCGGUCUGUGCCAUCUUCAGCCACAUCCAUGGCGGUGCGCUCUCUCUGCCGGUGGAUGCAAAGGAGAAGCCUCUGGUGCUGCCGGGUCUGCCGCCACUGAACUCGUGCGACUUGCCGGGAUUCCUCCGGGCGCCGGAAAGUUACCCAGCUUACCUGGCGAUGAAAAUGAGUCAGUUCUCGAACUUGGAAAAAGCCGAUUUCGUCUUCGCUAACACCUUCCAAGAAUUAGAAUCCCAGGAAGCAAGAAGCGUGGCGAAAACAUGGCCAGCGAAACUGAUCGGACCGAUGGUGCCUUCAUCGUACCUGGACGGAAGAAUCGAAGGAGACAAAGGGUACGGAGCAAGCCUAUGGAAGCCGCUAAGCAACCAAUGCCGAGAAUGGCUUCAAAACAAACCCCCAAAAUCGGUGAUCUACAUCUCGUUCGGCAGCAUGGUCUCCUUAACCGCCAAACAGACGGAGGAGAUCGCGGCGGCGCUGACGCUGCUAACUUGCACCUCCGCCACAUCGUACUUUUUGUGGGUGGUGAGAGAAACGGAGCGGGAGAAGCUUCCGGAGGGAUUCGUGAAAUCGAUUGGAGAAAGGGGUUUGGUGGUGGGGUGGUGCAACCAGCUGGAGAUGCUGGGUCACCCGGCGGUGGGUUGCUUCGUGACUCACUGCGGGUGGAACUCUACGCUUGAAGGGUUGUGCCUUGGGGUGCCGAUGGUGGGGGUGCCACAGUGGUCGGAUCAGAUGACGGAUGCGAAGUAUAUCGAAGAGGUGUGGGGGGUGGGGGUUAGGGCUAAGGAGGAUGAGUAUGGAGUUGUGAGGAGAGAUGAACUUUUGUGGUGUUUGAGAGAAGUUAUGGGGAGUGAGCAAUUGAGGAUGAAUGUGAAGAAAUGGAGAGAUGCGUCGAAUAGAGCAAUUGAUGAAGGUGGCAGCUCUGAUAUAGCCAUUGAUGAAUUUGUGGAGCAGUUGAUUUGUGCUUGAAUCGAUUGCUUAAAUCGAAUUUCCAGCAUAUUUGCAAACACCGUGAACAUUACUGAAUUUCUAAAUUUUCUAAACCAAUUUUUGAAAUCGUUUUUUUCGGGAUGUUUGUAAACACCAUUAACUUCUAAAAAUAAGUAUGUUUAUUCACAA